CACCUGAAUCAAGCACGACUGUUUUCUCGUAAUGAAUCGCACAUUCAUCAUUAGUGUCAUUACGUCGUAACCUUUCUGAAAGACAACAUCCACACUUGUUGCCUUUAGAAAUAAUUUUAGCAGGUCAAUAACUAAAGUACAGACAUGAAGGCACAAAGCAAGGGUACGAAGGAUACAGACUCAGACGUGGAGAGUAUCGGUUCUGGAAGUCUGUCCAAAAAGGAUGAAAUCCUAUACAAAGAUAUGACAACAAAUCAGAAAGUCAAGUUUGUCUUCGUACAAAUAUUCAAAUUGUUAUCUUUCCUUGCCUGCUUGUACGUCUUUAUUAUUUCCCUUGGUUUACUGGAAUCUGGUUUUCAGCUCUUGGGCGGUAAAACUGCUGGGAAAGCUUUCAACAGCGGUGUUCUCUCGAACCCACUGGCUGGAUUGAUGAUUGGUCUCCUGGCCACAGUAUUGGUCCAGAGCUCCUCAACUUCCACCUCCAUUGUCGUCACUAUGGUAGGAUCUAACAUAAUUCCUUUAGAGAAAGCUGUUUAUAUUGUCAUGGGAGCUAAUAUAGGCACGUCAGUCACCAAUAUAAUUGUCUCCCUUGCACAAAUAAGUGAUAGGAGCGUCUUCAGAAGGGCUUUCACGGGAGCUACCGUACACGACAUGUUCAACUGUUUGGCAGUGGUUGUUCUCUUACCGCUAGAAAUCGCCGUGGGCUACCUGAGCUGGCUCUCAGGUCUCCUGGUCGACUCAAUGGGCCUGAAAGCUGGGAGUGGAAACAAAGCUCCAGACAUGCUGAAAGCAAUCACUAAGCCAGUUAUCAAUGCUAUAGUCCAGAUCAACGAAGACGUUAUCAAAGACGUCGCUAAAAACGUCAACGCGACUGGCAACGUCCUGAAAAUAUGGUGCAAAAGCCAAGUCCGAGAGGUGGACACAGCCAUCAACCACCACGACAACGUAGAGGUCAACUGCAGCGACACCAGUCUCAGCGGCUCACUGCGUCAUCUCUGUGAUGAGAUCAAUGCAGGUGUGACCAUGGUCAAACUUACUGCUGAGUGGGACACCAAGGAUGUGAUCAACCAAACAGUGAAUCUCGAAAGAUGUAAAAGUCUGUUUUCACUGACCGAUCUGAACGACGCCUCUGUAGGAGCCAUCAUCCUCAUCGGCUCUUUGUUACUUCUUCUACUCGCCUUGUUCCUGAUUGUCAAGAUUCUCAACUCAAUGCUCUCAGGGUCCGUCACCAAAGUGAUCAAAAAAUUUAUCAACGCGGACUUCCCGGGACCUUUCGCUUACUUCACGGGCUACGUAGCUCUAAUGGUGGGCUGCGGAAUGACCAUGAUCAUCCAAAGUAGUUCCGUCUUUACCUCAACACUGACCCCAAUGGUUGGCCUGGGGAUCGUGUCUGUCGACAGAAUGUACCCCAUGACAUUAGGCUCUAACAUAGGGACAACAAUUACAGCUAUUUUCGCUGCGCUCUCCCAGAGCGGUGAUAAGAUUAGGCUAGCCAUGCAAAUAGCCUUGUGCCAUCUCUUUUUUAACAUUACGGGCAUUGCAAUCUUUUAUCCUAUCCCGUAUCUCAGAUGGCCCAUCGUUCUCGCAAAGAUUCUUGGCAAAAUAACUUCAAAGUACAGAUGGUUUGCCAUAUUCUACAUCAUCCUCAUGUUUAUAAUUAUUCCUGCUAUCGUCUUUGGACUGUCGAUGGCUGGCUGGAUCUACCUCGGAGCUUUCGGAGGACCAGUUGUACUGCUUUUAAUCGUCGUCAUCAUUAUCAACAUCCUACAAAAGAAAAAACCGAAGUUUCUGCCAAGCAAACUCCGCACCUGGGAGUUUCUCCCCUUGUGUUGCCAUUCUUUAAAGCCUGUAGACAAUUUAAUAGCAAGAGCCUUUACAUGCAAAUACUGUACAAAAUUACGCCAAACUUCCGAUGCUGACAACUCGCUGGAAAUGACAGUAGAAAUAAAACAGAACGGAACUUCACCAUUGAAAAGGAAGUCAGAAGAUUCUUCCGAACAUUCACAAGACAGUGAACUUCAGUCAGUGACCGCGAUCAAAUCCAAUGAUGAUUUGGCAACUUACAGACUUUAAAAAGAUAAAAAGGUUUUGUAACAAAAGUGCUAUAACUUUGUUUAAAAGGGAUUGAGUGUAUUUGUAACAUGGGCAUAGCCAGGACGUUUUUGUAGGGGGUUGGGGGGCUGAUUUUUUCCUCCCCACCCCUCGCCAUGUGUGUGUGUAUACAUAAUCUGUAUUAUAUUCCGACUCUUCAUUCUUUCGGAAGAAGUUUAUAGGGGGGGGGAUUUCUUUUCGGGUGUUAAACCCCAUCUCCUCCAUCCCCGGCUACGUCCAUGAUUUUUAAGGUGGGGAGGUUGAAGACCAGCUUGACAUCGAUCAAAUAAACAGAUUCAAAGAGUGGCGAUGUUAAACAAAAAAGUCACAAUGUUUUUGAUUCAAAGAAAUUGUUUUUUUCUUAUUUAAUGAGAAUACAAUAUGCACUCUUUAGAAACUCUUUAUUAUCCACAUUUAACAACGCCUUUUUCUUAUAUUGUUUAUUAUGUUUUGAGAUCUAAACUGAAGCUGAUUUAGUUCAAAAUAUUCAUAAUCAAGCAACUUUGAUUUUAUAUACAUGUAUAUAUGCCAUUUGCACAAGUUGUACCAACCCUUUUUCUUAGACGCCUGAUUAACAUCAUAAGUGAGGCUGAUUUAGUUCAAAAUAUUCAUAAAAAUCAAAUCAAACAACUUUGAUUUAAUAAACAUGUAUAUAAGCCAUUUGCGCACGUUGUACCAACCAUCUACAAUAGCCCAAUUAACAUCAUAUCUAUCUAUUUUUCUUUGUUUGAUCAACAGCAAAGAUUAGACUGCACGGCUAUUUUGAAGCAUGCAGAAAGGAAUUGAUUAUAAUUCUGUGCAUUCGUUCUUGGAACGUUAAAACUUGAUACUUAAACUAUUUAAACACAUUGCAUAAACUACGAAGAAAUGUUAUAAUCAAUUAUUUCAAAGUUUCAGCAUGGCAUUCAGUGUGUAUGUUUCAUUGUAUAAAGCAUUGUGUAAAUGUUAUUAUAGUGUAAAUAGAUACAUUUUGGGAUGUAUUUAUCUGUGAAUGUAUAUAUGAUUUUGUAUUUCAAAAUGUAAUUUGUUAAAAUGUAUUUUUUAAUCUGAUUGCCUUCGUUCAAAGCAUUAUUUUUGUAACAUAGUUUUUCAUUUCUUUAAUUAAUACAUAUCUUAAAAGUCUCUAAAUGAGAUAUUUGAAAUGCGAACACACUUUAAUUAAUUCAUAUACAUAUAUAUAUAUAAAUAUUCUGAUAUUAGUUAUUUCAAAAAAACAUUUUUGUUUUGUAUUUUAUAUUCAUUGUAAAAAUAUAUUUUAUCUCCUAUGAAGGUAAAUAAUUGUUCAAACUCGACAUUAUAAAUACACGCAGUGAGAAAGUCUUUUGGUGGCUCUAGAGGAUUCUGUUGUUUAAUCUGGCCAAGAUUCUACAUCGUUAGUUCAUAGACUCAGUGGCGGCGUUAGAAGUACGAGGGGCGUUGUUUCCCGAUAAUGGGUGUCAACUGUAUGUGUGUAGAAUCACGGAAGUCAUUGCCCAAACCUGCUAGAGGGCGUCAUGGGCAGCCAGUAUUUAAGCCCUAGAUCAUUGCUAAGGCCGAGACCAGUCCUUAUAGAAGGCCUGAACACUGACCUGCGACGUCUGAACCUGUGGACAGUCUAGAGUCUAGACCAAUAGCGUGUUGCCGCGUCACAGUUCGUGUCGUCAGACCUUUGUUAUUUCUAGUGUUUAAUAUACAGCAUCCAAUAGAGCCAAUAAUUGAGACAAAGUUACAUCUCUAUGAG